GGGAGCCUGCCUGCUCGCCCCGCUCGCGCGGCUGGUCGUUGCGGGCCGGUGACAUGCCUGUGAGCUGCUAAGGCUGCGGCCCCCAGUCUAAUGCAGGACAUGGACCCAGUUUCACUUCCAGCCCAUGUACCUCAUGCACAGCUGGCAACCAUCUGUCAUUGGAGGCUUGCAUGUUAAUAUGAUGCUGAUCAGGUUUCAGUAGAACUUUCAGACUAAUACAGACUAGGAAGAAAGGCCUGGUGAUCUACUUCGGAAAAAUCGGCCAGUGAAAACCCUAUGGAUCACAGUAGUCCGAUCCCAUUGUGCAUCGUGUCACCAUGAUGGCAGCUAACAGCAACAACUGAAGACAUUGUCUUAAGUGCUAAAAAAGAGCAGUAGUUCUCAGCCAGGGGCAAUUUUUCCCCAUACCUCCAACCCCCGCACCCCGAGAUAUUUGGCAAUUUUUAGAGAUUUUUUUUGGUUAUCACAACUUGCUGGAUGCUACUGGCAAAGGCUGCUGUUACAUAUGCUACAAUGCACAGGACAGCCCUCUACAACAAAGACUUACCUGACUGAAAAUUUCAAUAGUGAUGAAGCUGAGAAACCCUGUUGAGGUGUUUCGUGGAUUGACUCUUCACAGAUUGUAAACAACUGCUUUAUAGUUAUGGCGACUUUCCAAACUUUCAGAAAGAGUCACGUGAAGACUAGAGCAUCUGUCAGAAGAAGCUUCAGUGAAGGUGUGUUCCAGUCUGUAAAGUCUUUACUGCAGAGUGAGAAGGAAUUAUGCAGUAUAUCAGCAGAGGACUGCAUGAAGCAGGAUGAACAUGCCAAAUUGACUGAGGUCACAUUUCUAGGUUUUAAUGAAGAAACAGAUGCUGCUCAUAUACAGGAUUUAGCUGCAGUGUCUUUGGAACUUCCAGAUCUUCUGAAUUCACUCCACUUCUGCAGUCUAAAUGAAAAUGAAAUUAUUUGUAUGAAGGAUAUAAAAAAACCAUCAGAAAUGAACAGUGGUCCUCUAACUCAGAGUCAUCAUCCUGGAAUGCUUUGUGUCAUGAGAGUGUCACCUACGUUACCAAGACAAAGAAUUGAUUUUAUAUUUAGUCUCCUAAGUAAAUAUGCUACUGGUAUACGAUACGCCCUGGAAACAUACUUGCACCAGAAGGGCCAACUUGAGACCACAAAUGAAGAUGAUGACGAUACUAACCAGUCAGUGUCUUCCAUAGAGGAUGACUUUGUCACUGCUUUUGAGCACUUAGAGGAAGACGAGACUUCAAAGCCGUGCAAUGAUGGAAUAAACAUUUCUGCAUUAAGGAACCAGUGUGAUGCUGCUUCACAGACUGUUUCUGGUCACCACUUAGAAACCCAUGAUUCAAGGGUUCUGGUUAGCUCUGGGCAGCAGAAGUCAUUGGCUAAACCCUCAACUUCCUUAAUAAACAUUCUGGGACACAAAGAACCACCUUCUGUGAAAGCUUCAGUUACAACAUCAAUUUCUGAGCCUUGGAUCCAGAGGAGUUUCUAUAGGUCAACUAAUGCCUCAGACAAAGGUAGUGAGAUACAGAAAACAUUUGUUUCUUCUUCCCCUGCAUACUCUUCUGAAUCAGAAUGCUCAAGUCCAAGUCCUGUUAUUUUCUUGGAUGAAGAAGGAUAUCAAAAAAGUUUAAAAGCAAAACUUGAGCUGCCUAAAAUUCCUGUGAUGAAGGAUGAUAUAGAAGAUUCAGACUCAGAAGUAAGUGAGUUUUUUGAUAGUUUCGAUCAGUUCGAUGAACUAGAACAAACUGUAGAAACUCCUUGUCUAUUUAUAAAAGAUCCUGCCAUAGAGAAGCCAUCACAAAAGAAACGGCACAAACAUGAAAAAUCUUGUUCUGUAACCACUACUAUGAAUCCUCAAAAGUUCAAGUUCGAUCGUCCCGCUCUCCCAGCUAAUGUUAGAAAACCAACUCCGCGGAAACCGGAAUCUCCGUACAGUCACCUGUGCGACGCUCCCGAUUCUCCGCGCCCAGUGCAGGCAUCCGGGGAAGACAGUGGCUUGUUCAGCCCCAUUCGAUCCUCUGCUUUUAGCCCUCUUGGAGGCUGUACUCCUGCCGAAUGUUUUUGCCAAACACAUACUGGUGGAGGUAGGGUUCAUGAAAAUCACGAAUCUGUUUAUUACACUUACGAAGAUUAUGCAAAUAGUGUUUCACGUGAAGUUCUUGAUUCGGUUCUUCGCACCCAGCAUUCUAAUGCAUUAUCCGACAUGGACAGUAUUAGAGGUGGAGAAAACAGAACUGUAGCUCUUAAGCAUGGGGACCUUGAUCAAAACAGUAAAUCUAAAAAUAAAUCCUUAAUGAUUAAAGAUAGUAUUCAGAAGUUUGCAGCAGAUCUUGUGGAGAAAAGUUUUGGCGGUGCAUUUAAAGACUUACAGAAAGGGGUCUCUUCGUGCACCAAUGCCUUGUGCCACUUAGCCAUCAGAUUGACAUCAUCUGUUUUUCAGAUGGCAUUUAACGAACUGAGACGGCAGCGUGCAUUCUCCCUGAAAGAGCGUGCUAUUGGUGGCCUGGCUAAUUUCUUGGUGAGUGAAGCUUUGUCGAAUGCUUUAAAGGACUUGCAGUAUGUGAAGAAGCAGAUAUUUACAAAUACAGUAGCUAGGUUUGCUGCAGACCUUGCCGAAGAGCUGGUUUUCGAAGGCAUCAUGGAAGUGUGCCAGUUUUCAUAUCCUCCCACGCCGGCAUUUCCACAGUGCUGGUCAUUUGACUCUGAAGACAAAGUCGUGAAAUCGUAUGCAAAAGACUUGUCUGAAUCUGUAAUACAGGAAGCAUUCAUCGAGCUAUCGCAAGUUGAUGUGACCUUUACAACAAAAGCAGCAGUUAGCGUUUCUUCGGAUAACAGAAAAUAUGUGACUGCAGAAAACCUAGUGCCAGCAACGCAGACCUUCACCUUUUCCCCUGCUUUUAACAGUCAAGCUAUUACGGUGACAAAACCGAUACAGGAAUAUAAAAAAGAAUACACAGUACAGCAGGCCUUGUUUUGUACUUCUGGCGUUGUUACAUCUAUACCAGUGCCCUUGGCAGGAGGUGCCCUUCUCCCAUAUCAUAUUUCAUCUAAAAUGUAUCAGGCAAAGUCUCAGCUGUCAUCUGAUGAUAGUAGUUCAAGUGGUGAUUUGACCCAAGCUUGUGUUACCACAAAAAACAAAGAAGGGGAAGUAGCUUGUCUCAGAAAUAUUUGUUUACCUGCAGAUUCAGAACACAGCCUAAGUAACCAGAAUGAUUUUAAACCAACUCACAAUGUUACUGAAAUGCAGAAUUCUUCAGAAUUCACAAGUGAUCCUGCGAUUAUUAGCAACUUUUCUGGAGCAAUGGUGCAUACAAUAGUAAAUGAAACUUUAGAGUCAAUGACAUCAUUUGGUGUUACAAAAACAGUUGAUAAACACACAGAUUAUUUAACUAAAACCAUAGAGGAGAAAAGCCCUCUUUUCCACUGUGAUCGAGCAGCACUGCAACAGAAUGACGCUAGCUCUAAGGACAUGUUUGCUGACCAACUAUCUAAAUCUAUUAUUAAACAUUCCACAGACACAAGCAAAUCAGUUAUUGUAAAUACAGAUAAAAAUGUGGUGAACAAGGAAGGCUUGCCUGUUCCUGGAGAAGAGUCACAGCUGACCUUGGAAAAGUUCCCCAAAUUUUUGGACACUCAAGAUGGUUAUGCACUUUCAGUAGGAAAGGAUUGUGCCCCAGAAUGUAAAGGCCCCACGACUCAUGUCUUUUCUAUAGAGACACCAGCACCAUGUCCAGCUCUGACAGUUCAAAAAUCUGACUUGAAGGGACUUGCCAAGGAGAAACCAGUGAAGAAACAUAGUUUAAAUGAUACUGCACUAGAGCCCUUGUCUUUUGAGCAAGAAAGUUCCUUUCCUCAUUCACACACUUUCACAUCUACAGUGCUUACCUGUGUAGAUGGUUUGCAUGUGGAAGAUAAACAGAAAAUGAGAGACGGGAAUGUCAUACCUGAAACUCCUCCAUCAACUCCUCUAGUCCCAUCCCAAGCAGGUUCUGAGUGGGAUAUCAAGAAGUUAACCAAAAAGCUCAAGGGAGAAUUAGCAAAGGAGUUUGCACCUGCUACACCUCCUUCUACGCCUCACAACCCAUCUGUUGGUAGUUUGUCUGAAAAUGAACAAAAUACCUUAGAAAAAGAAGAGUUUAUGUUGAAGCUCAUGAGAUCUCUUUCAGAAGAAGUGGACAGUAGCGAAGGUGAAGAGCACCCAGAAGUGGACGUGAAGUCAGAGCACUCAGGGAAGAAAGUUCAGUUUGCAGAAGGGUUAGCUACACACAUAAUUUCUCUUGCAACUGAAAUGGCAGCUUCUCAUUUAGAUAAUAAAGUAACUCAAGAACCCAAGGUUAAAAGCCCUUACUUCAACGGGCAAAGUCAAACAAAUGUAUCUCCUCUGUUUUUAAAUUGCUCAGAUGAAAAUUUACAAGCAUUAUGGAAUUUUGCAGGUGAUAUGGCAGCAGAGGUGAUUACAGAAGCAGAGAAAAUAGCAAAACUUAGAAGUUGUGUGCUUUCCAGGCACAGGAAGAACAGUUGUUAUGCUGAUGGUUUCUGUUUCAAAAGAGGUGACCUGCAUGGUAGGUCAGAAGAGAAGUUGAAUAUAGAGGCUGUAGCGCAUCCAAGAGAAGUGGGUCCAUUUAUUCUUUCCUUACCACCCAGUGCUUGUAUGUCAGGCCUGAUGUAUAAGUAUCCCAGCUGUGAAAGUGUGACAGAUGAAUAUGCAGGUCACAUUAUACAAACCCUAAAACAGGAAGGUGGGGAUAGUGAGCUAAUAAUGGAUCAGUAUGCCAAUAGACUUGCUUAUAGAUCUGUGAAAUCAGGAUUACAGGCAGCAGCUAAGACAGCCAAAACAAAGUGCAACUCAAAAACGUUCCCUGAGCAAGGCUCACCUGAGAAAACCAAGGACGAGCUGUUAACGUUCUUAAAUAAAGAACACCACCAAGAAGUAGAUAAAAAAAGUAAAAGGAAAGGAGGCUACUGUUGUAAAAAUCAGAGUUGUGAAAGGACACAGAAUGCGUAUAGAAACAAAUACUCUGAACUGUGUAGCUUUUCGGCCUCUCUUGCUCACAGCAUAACAAGAGAUGUUAAAAAAGAGCUAACAGCGCCUACAGUUGGGUUGCCAAAAUCCUCAACGGAUUCUUGCCUUUAUGAAAAAUUUGGAUGUGAUGAAGAUCCCGAGUCUCACAUUGAACCAGAAUUUCCUAAGCCCCUUCAGCCUUCCUCAGAAAAUCACAGAUUUUACCACAGUGUUGGUAGCUUAAAUAACUAUGGUUGUGGAGAGAAUGUUCAAACUGUAGAACAGUAUGCUACAAAAGUAGUGGAUGACACCUUAGAGCUAAGUUUAGAGUCUGCAGCUUUCCAAGUGUCUGAGACCACAAAAUCAGCAGAUAGGGUUACUUAUGCAGAAAAGUUGUCACCUCUUAUCAGCCAAGCUUGUAGGUAUUGUAACCUUAAAGAGCUCCAUGACUGCACUGGCUGUUCAUCUCAGCACUUGUUCAGACAGGACGCAGUUGCUAGUAGUAAGCCAGUUUCUAACUCAAAAUACAACAUCUACCCGAAAUCUAGAAUUUUUCAUCUUGAUGUUCCCCAAAUUCAUGUUAAUCUUGAUAAGAAGGCAGUGCUUGCUGAGAAGAUUGUUGCUGAAGCUAUUGAAAAAGCAGAGAGAGAGCUGAACAAUGCCAGUUUGGCAGCUGAUAGUGGAAUUGGACAGGAUGGCGUUAGCUUUGCUGAAAGCCUCACCGCGGAAAUAAUGACGUCAGCAAUGACUACUGUUGGACAUGCCGUUAGCAGUUCAAGAGAAAAAGACGACUUUCAGUCAACUGAGUCUUUAGGUAGCCAGCAGAUGAAUCUCAGUAUUGGUGAAGACAGCACUGGUAGCUGGUCCAACUUAAGUUUUGAAGAUGAACACCAGGAUGAAAGCAGCAGUUUUCAUCAUCUAAGUGAAAGUAAUGGUAACAGCAGUAGCUGGAGCAGUCUUGGUUUAGAAGGAGAUUUGUAUGAGGACAAUUUAUCCUUUCCAACAUCAGACAGUGACGAACCGGAUGAUAAAGAUGAGGAGCAUGAGGACGAUGUAGAAGGUUUGGGACAAGAUGGAAGUACUCUGCUAAUUACCAAUAUUGACAUGGAGCCGUGCACAGUCGACCCCCAACUGAGGAUUAUUCUUCAGUGGCUUGUUGCCUCUGAGGCUGAAGUUGCAGAACUUUGUUUCCAUGACUCGGCCAAGGAGGAGUUUAUACUACUUUCAAAACGAUUACAAGAAAAAGGAUGGAAAGUGGGCGCACUCCUGCAGGCUGUGCUUAAAUACUAUGAAGUGACGGAGAAGACGUCCCGUGAGGGGAGAUGUCAGUCACUAUUUGACUGGCUCUUGGAAAAUGCAUAGAACAGAUGCCAAACCAGUAGAUUUUAUUAUUUGUUUUGGGAUGGUAAGAAACCGGUAAAGACGUAUAGGGUAAAAUUUGAGAAGCAAAUCUAGCCUCUUAAAUGCGUGCAUCACACACUGUAUAUAGUUCAUACUUUUGUAAUCUCUGUCAAAAUACUAUCUUCAUGUAUUCUUCUAUCCACGUGUAUUGUGUUCAGACUCUGACAACAUGUAUGUGAAGGAAAGUCUAAGCGUGAGGUUUUCAGGGCGUGGUCCCAUGGCAUUCUUUUUGCAUCCAAAUAGCGCUGCUAGAAAUUGCACUGAAGGUGGCUGAGAACAGGCUCCAGGGAUAGAGUUAUAAUUUUGCUUGCUGUGAUUAGAGCAAUGGGUAUGUGCCUUUGCAGACAAAUCAGAUCCUAUUCAUAACUAAUCUGACGUCAAAUAAUAAAGUCGAAACUAACCUUGUGUAUCUGGAAGACCUUUUUGUCUUGUUUUUAAAACCCAGCUUUAUUUCACAGCUCAGCUGUUGGUAGCUUUUUUAAUCCCCCAAACCAUUUAGGUUUCUAUGGACACCAUAAGUGAGUUUCCACAGCCUUUCCUCUGGUGGCUUUAUUUACCAGUGCUGCCAGUUGUUCAGGCAUGCAAGUGUGUGUGUGCAUGUGCCUGUCCAUACGCGUGUACAUGUAUGUACACGUGUGUGUGUGAAGAAAUACCCUGACCUUGCAGGUGGUUGGUGUCCUCUUUUAUCUUCCUGUUUCCUUGGUUAGAAACCCACUAUUAACGUGAAAAGGGGGCUUUAAAUAAAAUGUCUGUGAAGAUGGUGCAGUGAGAAUUUUUAUUUCUCUUUGACUAUUUUGGUCCCCUACUUAUCCUACAAAUGAAAAUUCAAAUUGCAAAACGUGUUGAAAAUUGAAGCAUUAAUAAGGAGGCAAAUUUAUGAAAGCCCAAUAAUAAUAAUAACAUUUUUCGUUGUUGGAUUUUUGAACCCCUUCCCUUCCCACAGCAAGGAUAAGCUUUUCCUGGAAAAAUGGGGAGUUUUUUUUUUUCCUCUUUCGGAUAAAAUAUAUCAGCACUCUUUUGUAAAGUUCUCUGCCAGGAUCUUUCUGGACUUGACAGUUUUUACUUCUUUGUCUUAGAAACUGCAGGUUGAUGCGAUUAGAGGACCAAGGUUGAGUCUUGGGUUUGUGUGGGGGUGUGCAUGUAUGGUGUUUGGUUCUCCCUGGAGGAUUUUGUAAUCUAAGGUAAACCACUUUUGGUAGGGACUUUGAUUUAGCUCCAUUAAACCGUCUUUUUUCCUGAGCACUGACAGUUCUAGAAGCUGUACAAAGUAUGCAAGGUGCAUCAACCUGCCAGGGGCGGGGAAUAAAGGCAUUUACAUAAAUUUGAAUUAGUAAUUAUAGUAGAGAAACGUGUUUUAUAGUGAAAGAGUCAGAUUUGCUUUUUAAGAAUGCCUACAGCUAUUUAAAUAUUUUCCAAGGUUAAAUGAUAAGCUUUGGGUUUUUAAAAUUUAAGAACGUAGAGAUAGAGCGAGGCUUAAACAUGAAUGUUUGCUAAAGAUCCUCGAGGUGUUUUUAAGGCGAGGAAUGCAGGCAAUGUAAAACCAGAAUUGUUUCUGCCUGCAGCUUCUCAGAGCUUGAGGUGUGGUAGCACUGGACUGGAUUUUCAGACAUCAGGCACAGCAGUGUUUGCUCUUGUUAACUGUAACGGGAAUUAAUUGAUUCUUAAUUUUAGAUUGUGUUUUUAUAAAUACAUUAAGUAUCAAGUUGUGUUUAAAAACGUGGAUGUGCGUAUGUUUGAUCAACAGCAAAACUGACUUCUGAAUUUCUUUUAAACUAGUGACAACAUAUUAGUUGUGUAAAACUUUCUGUGCUUGAAAAUAUUUAUGUUUAUUUAAGGUAGUACUGAUUUUGAGGUAAGAUUUUCCUCCUAUCCUUGUUUCCUUUCUGUUUUUUCUGGAGCUGUGUUGCGCUCAGAGUUCCCUUAUUUAACCACUGCGUGACGACGGGACGGUUAUUAGGCAUUAGCGUGCACAGUAAUAACAACAGUGGAACUCCACACGUGUAGUAGUUCAGUGCAAGGGCACAGAGGAAAAUAGGCAGUAUCUGCAGAUAGGAGGAGAAGUGUGAGUUACGCUUUCUUGUAUACAGAAAACGUUUGUGUUUGGAGCAGUAUCUUUUCAUCAAGUACAGUCUAAGCUUACUUUCUUUCAGGGCACUUUGUGUAUGUGAUUUUCCAAAGACGUUCUAACUCUGUUGAGGACAGCCCUCACUGUCUUAUUUUAUUACAAACCUGCUUGACAUAUUUAUAUUGUAAGACUGCCAUUCUGUGCAUUUUGGACCUUAUGAAAUACCGUGUUUUAUUCAGAGCUGCUGAAGUUGUGGUGUGCAUUGAGCUGAACUUUCUGUUUAUCAAUUCAGGAACCAUUGAAGGAUCUGCGGAAUGAAAAUGAGGGAAACCUCUAAUAGGGGUUUUUCAGAACAUUGUUCUUAGACUGAAGUGUGGUAAUAUUUCAUAGUCUCCCUUCCUAAGCCAACUUUAAAUUACUUUUCUAUUUUGGACAUUUAUUGAUUUUGAAAAUAUUUCCUGAUUUAUACAAAAAGGAAUGAUUUCAUUUUUAAAUCACAGAAGAAAAUGACAGUAUCUCUUGAUGGUUUGAUAUGAUUUAAUGGAGUUACAGAACCUUUGAGGCACUCACCCAGUGGAUACACAUGAUAACAUCUUUAUACGUUGAAAAAUGUUCUACUUACUCUUUCAGAUAUUUGAUGUGAAUCAAUUUAAUUCAUAAUACCUUAAUUUUGCUUAAAUAAGGGCUUUAUGUUGCUGCUGGUAGGAAAAUUUAAUUGCUUAUUAAGUAUACCAUGUAAUAAAGUGAAAGUUUGCACACGUGACUUUGACAUUAGUCUAUGUUCCCCAAAUGCACAGUUGAAUCUUGACUCAUCCGCAGAUCCCAGAUUCAAAUGUCUACUUUCUUAAUUGCUUAGCUAAUGUUUUUCUUCCAGAAUUCAUAUUGUCCCUUCACCAUCAGCAUAUCUUUUUAAAUUUUACAUUUUUCAAAGGAGACUUUACACAGAACUUUUUUUUUUUUUAAAAUAAUGUAUCUGUACUCGGGGUAUAGGGAAAAUACUACCCAAUUAAAAACCCUGUCUGCCUGUCGCCAGCAUAAGAGAAUUAGAACUCCUGGUGAGAAUUUUAAAAUUGUACUAAAGUGAAAUGUUUUCCCUCGUUUUCAGCAAAAUAUCCUCUAAGCAUUUAUUCGGUUACUGUAUUCCUGCUCUGAAGAUGCAGAUACAGCAUUAGCCACUCAUGUCACUUUAUUUAUUUAUUAUUUUUUACCAUCCGUGUACAUUCCUUUUGUAUGGGUAGAGUUGUAGUUGUAGAAGUUCACUGUUUGGUUUUCAUUGUAAUGUUUGAAUACCGUUCAAUAUCAGGCUUAAAUAUUGCUGGAUUUGCUAACUUUGGUUACUUGUGCAGUGUUAAAAGUAAUCCACAUUCUUGUUUAAUAUACCAGAUAUAUAUCUUUAAAUAAUUGUAGCCGUCUGUUUGACUGUGCUGAAUUAUUACAUUAAGAUCUUAUACUGUGUAACAGUAACUUUUUUUUUCCUCUUCAGUAAUUUAAUAUAUUCACUUACCAAAACAUGAACUUCAGGAUGCACUAAACUUUGUUUUAGCAGUGACUCAAAGCAAACCUUUCAUAAAUUACUUAUGUAAUAAUUUGCAAUUAAUUGUCCUUUUCUCUUUUAUCUUGUUUAAGCCUGUGAUCUUCCUUCCCUCAACUAAGAACCCUCCAAUAAAUUUAAGAGAUGCCUGGC